AUGGGUGACAAAGAAACCACGAAAAGAUGUAGUGUUUGUGGAUAUAAAGCAACAGGUAAGAACUUUGGUGCCGUAUCAUGUGAACCUUGUAAAGCCUUUUUCCGUAGGAAUGCCUUAAAGAAUACUCUCAAAUGCCAUUUAGAUAAUAACUGCAAACUCGAUCAAAUCACCCGAAGGUUUUGCUCAAAGUGUCGAUUAAACAAAUGCCUGGCCGUCGGAAUGAGACGGGACUUGAUAUUGAAUGACGAGGAACGGGAGAUGAAAAGACUUAAGAUAUUAGAAAACAAAAAGAAAAAGGAUAACAGUUUUAAUAGUAAUGAUGAAAGUCUUGAAUCAUUGAUAGACUCAUCGCAGGAAACAUCGCUUGGAAAUGACAUCUCAAACACCAAUAAUAACACAAAUAAUGAUAUUUUAUGCGAAAUACUCGAUGACAACCAUUUCAGUGCCGAUGCCCUCAACCAACAGAUUAUGGAAAUAGAGAGCACUGUCUCCAAAGAUUUUAUUGAUAACAUUGUAGACAAUAGUUUCGAUAACACGAUAAAUGACCAGCAAAUUGGUGUUUAUAAUAAUUGUAAUGAAAUUAAUUCACAAUCCGAUUAUAAUGUGUCAAACGAGACGAUCGAAAAGGCCGUUGAGUUUGCCGUUUCGGUGGUACCUAUCGCGCGACCUCUAAGUGAAUGCAAAACUGGUUUCAAUGUAACGGAAAUUUAUUUACUGAUUGAGAUGAAGACAUGCACUAAAUUUCUGGGCGCCCCGAUGAGCACUAACAUAAAAUCCUUGGACACUAUGUAUGAUAUUCAUCAGUCAUUUACCACCAAAUAUGACACAUCCAUCAGAGAUCAGACAAAAGCUGUCAAAUGGUUGUCCGCAUUCAGAAAUAUUUGCUGUGAGGACCAGAUCUCACUACUGAAGUACGGGUGCUUUGAUAUCAUAUUCUUGAGGUCUAUCAUGUAUUUUGAUUACACGGAUAAUACUCUCAAAGUUCCCAUGAGAAGCCAUGAGAAAGCUUAUAAUGGAAGACACGCCAAAGACUUUGAUUCCGCCACUUGUCGAGGAGUGAAUUUCAUCGUCAAGAUUAUAUAA